AUGAAAAGAGAUGGAGGUGAGGUCGAGCAGUUACCAGAGGACGGACGGACGCAAGCUCGGAUGCAGACACGCAACAUGGGUACAAAGCACGUGCCGGUCUAUAGUGUGAAAGCUAUCACGAUUAAAGACCCCAAGAACUAUCACGAGGCGAUGAAGGACCCUCGAGUCAAGCAUUGGAAGGAGGCAAUGCGCACAUAG